UUAAUAUUAUGCACAGAUGCAGAUACCAUAAAUAGUAUUUGUUUAAUUAUCUAUAUAUAUGUGAUAGUAUUAGUCUAUGGUAUUAUAGUAUUUAAAAAACGAUCUGAUAAAUCGUGUGCCGAAUGCAGUUUUUUUGAAGUUUAAUGGUUGUCAAAUGUCAAAUGUCAAUACUCAAUAGUGUUAUCUAAUAUCCAUGCUUGUGCCUUGUACUCUUGAAUCAAGAAUUGUUUAUUGUAUCUCUACUAUCCAUUUCGUCCUUGUGAGUUACCUACUCAUGGACUUUAAAGAUUGAACAUUUUCGGUGUUCGUUGGUUCGUCCAUGUCCUGCUUUCAAACAAUUGUUUUGGCACUUAGUUGUGUAUGCAUCAUUUUUGAAACCGAUUUCGUUUCUUCGCCUAUUCUCGUCGGAGGCUCAGAUAAAUUGUACACUUAACAAUUAUUUUAUGCGCUGAAUUCUAUCGUCAAACAAGUUCUCAACAAUUAUGCCUCUUAAGUAUAAAAACUAUGACGUAUGCGCCGAUUGCAGUGCUCCAGAUUCAGAUUGGAUAGUUGUAAAUCGUGGAUUGUACGUUUGUGAUGAAUGUUGUAGUAUUCAUCGCAGUCUUGGGCGACACAUAUCACAAAUUAAAAGUUUAAGUGCCGACUGGUGUCCAACAACAUUAAAUAUGGUGAGAACUUUACAUCAAGCUAAUGUUAAUACACUUUGGGAACAUGCUUUAAGUGAUAAUAAGAAUCACAGAAAAAAACCUACUCCCAAGGAUCCACUACCUUUAAAAGAAGAUUUUAUUCGUGCUAAACAUAGACAACAAGUGUUUAUAUUAAAAAGUAGUGACACUAGAGAAGAUUUAAAUCAACAAUUACAUUCUAGUGUUAGAACAUCAAAUUUAGAAACAAGCCUAAGAAUUUUAGCUCAAGGAGCUGAUUCUAAUUAUUAUCAUCCUGAAAAAGGAAAUUAUCCAUUACAUGUGGCAGCCAAAGCAGGUCAAAUAUUACAGGCUGAAUUGCUACUUACUUAUGGAGCUGAUCCAUGUGCUAUUGAUAGCAAAGGAAACACUCCAGCAACAUGUGCCAAGCUAUCUGGUCAUAAAGAUAUUAAUGAAAGACUAAAUGAUAGCAUGUAUGAAGUAUUAGAUGUUCUCUCAAUGUAUGUAUUUGGACGUAAAGCAGAGCAUAAAAAUGGAGUGCAUAUGAUACCUUUUGAUCCAAAUGAUGAAUGUGUGAAACAAGAAAGUGAUCAACAAGGAGCUAUAAAAAAGAUGCAACAGUUACCAAAUUACUUAUUUGAAGAUUUGGUGUUGGAUGUGUUUGAUGAAAUUGAUAGAAGAGAAACUGAAAAAAUUUGGCAACAUAAAAAUUCGCAAGCUCAUAUUAUGUCAGUACCAUUUUUACCGGUUAAUCCAGAUUUAUCAUCAAUGAAAAAUCAAGGCCGUCAAAAAUUAGCUUGUUAUGGACCAAAAGAAUUCAAAAAUCUUGUUACACAAAUUUUAAUUGAAAUAAACAGAAGGACUCAACCAGUGAAUAAAGUUAUUUCAAAAUUAAAAUAUGAUGACGAUGAACCGCUUUAUGAUCAUGUUGCUUCUGAUGAAGACUAUGCAACACCUGAACAAAUUACUGCGAUGAUGACAGUGCACAUUAAACCUCCUACCAAUAUAAAGGGUAAAGAGAAUAGUCUUCAAGUAGAAAAAAAUGUGACUGAAGAAACUGUAGAUUCAAACAAAAUGAGUAUGAAUUAUACACUAUCUAAUUUGCCAUUGUAUAAUGGUAAGGACUUCGAAACAAAAUUAUCAGAGUCUGAAGCCAAAAUUUCAAAAUUGAUUUCUGAAAUUGAUUUACUGAAAAAAAAAGUAGAAGAAAUUACUAAAGAAAAUGUAGAACUGAAAUGUGAAAUGUUACGGCAAAAACAACCAGCUAUGGUGAUAAAUGAAAAUGAGUGUGGUGAUGUUAAACAACCUAUUAGACCUGUAUCAAUGUAUGAAACUCGGGAAGGAAUAAAAUGUGAUAUGAUUCAACGUAAACAUACAGGUAAUUUACCAUUGUAUGAAGAUGUUGUUCGUCAUACCGCUCAAGUAACUAAGGGUAUACAAGAAUUAUGGACUAACAUAAGGUCAUCAGAAGCUUGUAAAGCAUUUGUUCCUGGCACUGAAAAAAUUAGAACUGCUGUAGUUGAACUUACUGCCAUAUUUCCACAUAGUAUUAAUGAUGAUGUUCUAAAAUCGGCAUUAUGGUCAUUGAAUACAAAUACAACUCAACUACAACUUGAAUGUGCGUGUUUGGAAGCUGGUGUUGAAAGAGUGCGGGAUUGCUCAUUCAAUAUUGCAAAAGCUACUAAACAGCUUUUGACAAGGUUUUGAAUAUAAUCAAUGAUAAUGGACUAAUAAAUAUUUUUAAAGUAUA